GCUAUACGAAAACUUAUGGGCUGUACCUCCGUAUAUAAGGGACACAGCUUCUUCACCAGGCUCUGUUCACUACAAUUCCAAAAAAAUUUAUGCUACGAUAAUCUUACCACAUACCUAGCAUGUCCGAGAUUUGUUCCCCCCAAGAUUCGUCCGCACUGCCAUCGCCGAAGGCGAGCACCGCUGUCAACUCCGAACAUGUGGAAACUGUGAAGAGGGAGAAAGUAAAGGGCAAGGCGGCAAACACUUCCCAGCAAGCAACGCCCGUGUGUUUGGUAUGGCUUCUAGUAUCUUCUUGUUCUUAUAAUUGCUAAUCAAAGCUCGGGUAAGGACAACAUGACCCCUACAAAGAGGGAGCUUUCCGUCUUUAUUUAUUCCUUCAUAUAGUUUAGGUGGAGUUUGAACAAUUGAAUGAAGGGCUACUAUCAUUAUAUAAAGGAUUGUAGAUAGACUUUUGUAAACUUCAGCGCUAUAUGCUCAGCCUAAAUUCGUAUAGUCUCAAUAGCUGUUCCUUUAGAAAUGAAAUUGUAUAGGUGUUACUUUGUG